AUGGAGCUUUUUAAACAUGAAUGGAGAUUAAACAUGAACACUGGAAAAGUCAGGGAGAGAUUUCUCACUGGAAAAGAGUUUUCCAUGGAUUUUCCCAUGAUCAAUGGAGCUUUUUCAGGUGUUAAAAAUAGAUAUGGCUACACCCAAGUAGUUGACUCAAUUGCAAGCUCUACCUCAGGCAUGCUCAAAUAUGGUGGUCUAGCCAAGCUACAUUUUGAAGAGCCAGCUGAUGUUUCUUCGAGAAAUGAAAGCCAAUUAGAGGUGGAAAGCCACAUGUUCGAGGAGAAGAGCUUCUGCAGUGGAGCUGCUUUUGUCCCUAAACAAGGAGGCCUUGAAGAAGAUGAUGGAUGGGCCAUCACUUUUGUUCACAAUGAAGAUACUAACAUAUCUCAAGUUUACGUGAUCGACACCAAGAAGUUUUCCGAUGAACCUGUUGCUAGAAUCACAUUGCCAUGCAGAGUUCCAUAUGGAUUUCAUGGAGCUUUCAUGCCAAUGUCAUAA